AUGCAGACGGCACAAUCAAUGUCGAGCUCCGGAUCGCCCACUUUCAGACAACGCGUCGGAAUUCGCAUCAGAGCUUUUCGUGCUGCAUUGAAUAACCUGAAAGUAACACAGUUAUCUCGAUUUUUAAUGUUUCUCUUAGCUGAAAUUAUUGGCGGAUCUGUUGCAUGGCAUAUCGCCAAGACAUUGUGGUUUCACUCUUUACAGUAUUCGCAGGCACAUAUGGAAAUGUUCGUUAACAGUCAGAAUAUGUGCCAUAUCACACAUCAGCGGGAUUUCAUAUUCGCUCUCGCCUUCGAAGUUACGGGAUGUUUUGUCAUUCGAUUAGUACUGCCACGAUUGCCUUCAAAUAUAGGCAGAUACCUCGCACCAGCAUUUAUUGCUAGUCUAUUUUCAUUCGCUAUUCUAUUUAUUGGUGAUGCUGGACUGGAUCCUAUAGUCGCAUCGUCGUUAUUCUUUGGAUGUAGCGGUUUGACAGCACAAUGGUUCAUACUGCUGUACUGGGUAAGCAUUUCAGCUCGUUUUUUUUUCGUAGUUCUGUGCACACUACACCUAUAG